CGGCGGCAGCAGCAGCGGCGACUACAAACACACAACACGUGGGUUCACUGCUGGCAGCUAUCCAACACCCAAACAUUACAAAAGUAUGGCAAAUGCUGUUUUGACAUCGUUUCCUGCCAUUCUGAGGAAUAGUGAUUUAGAGGAGCAUGAAUUGAAGCUGCAGUGGAAAUUACGCAUUCAGCGCAAGUUUCAGAAUUCAAGGAAGAGGCAAGAUUCCUUCGUGAAGGAAGUGGCAGCAAGGAAAAAGAAGAAAGCCCCUCACGUAGAAGCAGAAGAGACUGAACAUCCACCGAAGCCCCAUUCAGAAAAUGUAGACUCAGUAAAGAUAUAUAGACAGUGGCUUGCUCUAGAAUGGUUGAAGAGAGAUCCUGAUUUAGAUAAGGUUGAAGACCUGAUGCAGCUGACUCUCUCUGAAAGACGCAACCAAAUAACCAAUGGUGAUAUUUCUGUACCAGAAAUCAUUAACUUGUACCCGUGGAUUCAGAGUUUCGAUGGCAUAAUCAACGAGUUCCUGAGACUAGAAUUGCAUACAGAUGAACCAGACCCAAGAAUAGCAAUUUUGCAAGGACUGGAGAAAUACAAGCUCCCAGUAACUUCCCUUCUCAAGAAAAGAAGGGCAGUUCCCCAUUAUAUGAAAACUUUACUUGAACUCUAUGAGCACAAUGAAAGUGAAUAUGAUUGCUUAGUCACACUGGGGCUACUUCAUCUGCUUGGGGAAAGGAAAGAUUCCAUCUUUACUCAGGUACCAGAAGGAGAACUAAGAACAAGGCAGUCCAGCAUUUCCAUUCAACAUGUUGGGGAUAUACAUGAGUCAGACAGAUUUUGUAUAUUAUUAGACGGUGUACCUGUUGCUGAACCGGCAUGCAUUGCUAUGGCUGUAGCUUCUUUUGUAGCAGGUCACUUUGUGUUUCACAUUGAUCAUCCAAAGAAUUGUGAACAUUUCCUCAGUUUCGCAUCAUCAUACCUCUUAGGUAUCAAGGAUGGGAGAGAGACCACUUCAAAAUCAAGAACUCUUGUUGUAAAACUCAAUGAAGAACAGACAAAAUUUAGCUACAGUAAUACAUAAAUCUAGUGUAAUUAAAUAUGUAUAACUUUUUCUUUUCUAGAAAGGAAAGGAAAUAUUUGUACUUGUUUUCCUACUAUUCAUGAAGCCUUAAUGAAUUGUUAUUGUAUGAAUUUAUAUGAAUCACUACUUGAAAUUCUCUCUCUCUCUCUCUCUCUCUCUCUCUCUCUCAAAAAUGUAUGAAAUGCCCUUCAUGUAGCGUAAUACGUAUAAGGCAAAUUUUUAUUUUAUUUCACUCAUUUAUGUUUUUAUCAUUUCUUUAUUUGUUCAUCCAUGGUAUUACAAACUAUACAUGAAGUUUUCACUAUUACUGUUGUAGGCAUAUUUUGUAGACCUAUUAAGUUAAUAUAUGCUUUAGAAAUGCACAUUUUCUUCCAUUGUGUAGCUUUAAAGGAUCAAUAGUGAGAUAUGAAUAUGAUAUCAGUUCCAAGCUUGUAUAAAUUAGGGUAAAUGGCUAUUUUUGCACUUAUUAUUGUCCCCAAUUGCUUGAAGUACUGUGAUACAAUGAGUGGCAGUGGAUGGAUUAAGCAUUCUUUACAGUUUAUUUCAUUGAUUGCAGCAUUUGAUUUAUGUUCCUAACUUUACAAGUAUUAUUUUAAGUACCAAAAAAUUACUGCAUUAACAUUUUGAGUAUAUUUUGCUUAAAAUUAUUUGUACCCUACAAAAACAUGUAUUUGUUCCUACACCCUUGAAAUUAAAAGGGAAAUUUUUUUGCUUGUUUGUUCCUUUUCACAUUACCUAUGAUAUGACCAGAUUCAUAUUGUUAAAUGUUUAAAUGAGAAACAUUUACUUCAUGCUACAGGUAAUGAAAUAGUAGUUAUAUUUUUUUCAGUUUUGUAAUGUAAUAAAAAAAUGGGAUGUACGUUAUUAUAUUGAA